AUGGAAACCCAGUAUAAUUUAUUAGUUCAAAAUAAUACUUAUAAAAUGAAACAUCCAAGUAUUUCAAUGACCUCAAGAAAAGCUACACGCUUACGUUUCUUAGAGCAAGAAAGUGACCACCUCUACGCUUACAAAAUCGACCUCGAAAAAAUUCUGUCAAAAACAAAAGAAGUCCUCAAUGAAUUGCUUUUCUCAAAAACCCCCACAUCUAGCCAACAGCUCGACGGCUCCUCUGAAGACACAGCUUCCACAUCUCUCAUCCUUCUAAAAAGUGUAGAAACAGCCUCGUCAGAAAAUUCAGAAUUAUUUAAUUCAGUUUGCAAAGCAAACUCAUUGAGAGAUACAAUUGAUGCAAAGGUGCUAAUAUCUGAACAGAUUUCAGAAGAAUGUGCUAGAAAAGAAGCAGAAAUAUUAGGAGAAAUUGAUGAGCAGAAUAAUGAUUUAAAGUAUUUAUUAGAAAAAAAGGUUAACAGAAUUAAUAUGCUUAAUGCAAAAGCAAGGGAUUUGGAAGAUCAUCAUGCAAAAAUGAAUAGGGAAUGCACGUUGCUUUUGCAGCUUUCACCUGAUAAUUUGAAAAUAUUGGUAAAACUGGAAAUGCUGAAAGAAAAACUUUUAAGAAAAUCAAAAGAGCUUCAAUUUUGUGAAAUGCAGAAAGGAAAACUGAGGGCAUAUGCUGAGGAUAUUGAAGAAAAAAUAAGGAGAUGCUUAUUGCUGGCGAAAAAUCCGUUAUUGAAAAUAAAGAAAGCGAUAAAUUUACAAGAAAAUACACUGGAAAAUAUAUUAAUCGAUUCAUUGGACAUUUCAAAUUCAUCAGAAGUUGUUUUUCCUGAUAACUUUAAAAAUGAAAAAGAAAAUGAUCCAGUUCCCCGCCUUGAUUAUAGUGCUCUUCACCAAAAGAACGAAGAAUCUAAUCAAGAGAAAAAUAGCCAAAAAUCAAGCAUAAGGAAUCGGAUAAAAGAUUUACAAGGUUUAUGCAAUAGCAAAGCAGAAGAAUUAAAUAAAUUAAGAAAACUUAUCAAGGACCAAGACGAAAAAAUGGAAAUGCUUAUAUCUCAAACAAACCUUAAGCCGAAACCAAUUACAAAUGAAAAUAAUGAAAAAAUUAUGGGAAAGCCAAAGCCAAAAAAAGCAAUGAGCAAUCCUCUCGAGUAUCUUAGUGGAAACAAAGAAGAUUUAAGCAAUAAAAUCAAAGAAAUCCCGAAAUUACGAAUAAACGAUACUGAAGGCAUUGAGGAUGAAGAAGAAGAUUAUUAUCCAAAUGAGUUAAUUAGCUUUAUAGCCAGUGAUGUAGCUAAAUGCGAUUUUGAAGAGCCUGACAGCUUACUAAUUGGCUAUAUUAACGAAAUCCACUAG